AUGGAACAGCUGACGAGUGACGACUGUCAGCAGGAGGACGAGCUCAAUCUUGGGCUCACCCUCCUCACCACGGCCGCGACGGAGCCCGGCGUCGGCUUCUUCCUCUGCGACGAGAGGCAGCCCGGGUACCACCCCGGGGGCGGUGGCGAUUUCAUGUCUGCGGCUAGGAAGGCGAGGAAGACUGCUGCUGGAAAGGCGCACAAGCACGACAGGAGCUCGCCGGAGUACGACGAUGGCGCCGACAAUGUGGAUUUGUCUAUGGCUGGGAAGGCGAGGAAGACUGCUGCUGGAAAGGCGCACAAGCACGGCAGGGGCUCGUCGGAGUACGGCGAUGGCGCCGAUGACAUGGACUUGUCUCUCAGGCUAUGA